AGGCAACUGGUUAAGAACCAACAUAAUGAGCAAGACAAACAUAUGCUCCAACUUCAGGAGUGUUGCAUGCAUCCUGGCAUUACCACUCUAUGGCCUCACAGUUCCAGUACAAAGGCAUGGUGAAGAGGUGCAGCUAUGCAAAGACGGAUCCCAUACCUCCUUAAAGAUUUCAUGUGGCUAGAUGAAACUAAAAUGGUACAAAUCCUUUCUCUGUUUGACGUGUGUACUCAAUCAUCUUAAGUAUGCAGCCAAUAAUAGCAUCACUGUGGUUCCCUUUGGCCACCCUGCACUUGUACAACUUGUCCUCACUCUCCUGUGGGGAGAGAAGCAGUAUUGUAGGUUUGUUGACAUCAAGCAAAGGGACCUCAAAGUGGUGAUUGCCCUCACAGGCAUGGCCUUGCAACUGGUACUCAGAGAAUAUUCCAGCAGAAUGUUUUCAGCACUUGAUUUCAGUCUCAAGGACAAUCAUGCUAUACAUCAAAGUAUAACUUGUCAUAUUAUGAACUUGCAGGGAACUGAACUUAUGGACUACACCAUAUUAGUUGAUGAUUUGAUUGCAUGAGGAAAGGAGAUGAUAGGAGCUCCUUAACAUCUUAUUGUAUCUUUGAUAGUGUUAGACAAUAUCAUGUGCCAAUCAGAUGAGUAAU